AUGAAACUCAAUGCAACUAAAGUAUUUACUAUAGAGCCUAUAGAGCCAAUGGCUAACUUUGAUGCGGCAGUGGUUGACUUCCCAGUGCGCAAAAGGCAGUGCAAGGAUACGGUGUUUUUAAUACUUUUUAUUGCUUUUCUAACAUUUCUCUCAUAUGUAGUAAUAGAUGUGAUAUUAGUGAAGCACUCAAAUAUUAAUUAUGUAAUUCAUGGCUACGAUAACUAUGGAAAUAUUUGCGGUCAACCAAACAAAGCACUUCCAAAUGUGACAAACUCUGGUCUCAAUAAAACUGAUUUCCCGUAUUUGUUCAUUGAAUCCAUUACCAACUUUUCAGUAAUAACCAGAUGUGUCAGCCAUUGCCCAAACAAUUCAUUUUUGCUCAUUUGGAAUUAUUAUAAAAGUCAAUUAAUCUUAUCAUACGAUGAAAAGCAACGGGCAUUUCAACAACAUUUGGUCGACCAAUGGUUUAUCGCUGGAAUUGGUGUCUCACUAUUGACUAUAAUAUUUUUAUUUAUUGUGACUGCAAUGAGAAAACGGAUAAAAUUAGUGGCAAUUUUGUUUCGUGAAGCAGGAAAAGCUAUCAGUGAUAUGCCAUUCCUUCUAAUGCAACCUAUUUGGACUUUUAUGAUUUUAUGUUUUGUAUCAUUUAUUUGGAUCUAUGGUUUGGUUUACUUACAUUCAAUGAGAUUUCCAUAUAUUGAUCCAAUCACUGGAUUUGUUUCAUAUAAAAUUGAAAACUUUUACAGAUAUAUGAAAUGGUAUCACAUGUUUGCAUACUUAUGGUCCGUCCAUUUCAUCCUUUGCUGUCAACACUUUGUAAUUUCUGGUUCAGUUUCUCAAUGGUUUUUUUCCAGAUCAAGAUUAGAUUUGGGAUCACCCAUAUUAAAUACAAUAUCAACAUUAAUUCGUUAUCAUUUGGGAUCAAUUGCUUUCGGCUCAUUAUUGGUGGCAUCCGUUAAGAUAGUUCGUCUAAUUUUUAAUAAAUUAAACUCAUUAUUGAAUCGUUACAAGACUUCAUGUGACACAAGUCUUAAAUGGUGUCAAUGUUGUCUUUGGUUGUUUGAAAAGUUUGUCAUUUAUGUCAACAGAAAUGCUUUCAUUGAAAUCGCAAUAUAUGGCACUUGUUUUACAACAAGCGCUCGAAAGGCAUUUGGUUUGCUUUCAAACAAUGCAUUAAAAGUAUUAGCCCUCAACUCUGUCGGAGAUUUUCUACUUUUUGUGGCAAAAAUAUGUGUCGUAACAGUAAUUGUAUUGAUUGGCAUUGAAUUGAUUGAAGACAAGACUCAAUCUUUGCAUUAUUACUGGUCACCGAUCAUCGCUUCCGCUUUCUUCGCAUAUUUUGUUUCUCAUUGCUUUCUAUCAGUUUAUGAAAUGGCAAUCGAUACACUUUUUUUAUGUUUUAUUGAAGACACCGAAAGAAAUGAUGGAAAAACUAAACCUUAUUUCAUGAGUAAUACUUUGAUGAAGUUUAUCGACACAAACUAUAAGACCAUUGCUUUUGAUAAAUAA